UCGAGGCGAAAUUUAUUGUAUCUGCAGUUGAGGACGACGACGACAUGUCUGAAAACAGAAACUGAUGCAGCUUGCUUUUCUUCUAAUCGUUUUUAAUAUGACAGUGACAGAAAAAGCCGUAUUGCGUCUGAGAAAAAGAAAGAUAACAUCAAUCACGCUGCUUUUAGGAUUGAUCUGUUAUGAAUAGAGCACAUUUUUCUAAUUUCUGCUUUUGGAAAGUGCAGUUUAAUACUAAUCCCUUCGAGUCACACUCUGCCAUAAAGAAAAAAUGUUUGUUCAUCUGUAUGAAAUAUUCACCUUUGAAGAAUUGCAGUAAGCAAAUUAUUGGCUUAAUCGCAUGAUGUUAUAUCCGGUUUUCUCUUCGUGAACAUGAUGUAAUCAAGGAAAAUCAUUUAUGCUCAGUUAGACAUCGACCUUUUCAUUCAUUUCUCACUUCUGUGGAUUUCUAUUCUGAGAUUUGACACAAUUAAGAUGCCUAAUUGAGUCUGUACAUCAGAAAACUGCUGACAUAUCACCGGAACAAAAAAAUAAAAUUAGUUUUGAGUUGCUGGAAAAUGAUUUUCCGUAUUCAACACAGUCGAUAACCCAGAAGAUUUUCUGUUUUUGUCCCGAGGUACUUCCGAGACUUUCAGAAAAAUUUUGAAACAAAAUGGCACAAAAAGAUUUCUAUGGGAAUAUAAUAUUAGUUUGAAAAUUUUUCCUACAGUGUCCGACGCACCUCGGGCCAAAAAUAGAAAAACUUCGGAGUUAUCGAGUGUGAUGACCAAGAAAAACCACUUUUGAGUGACUCAAAACGAAUUUUAUUUUUUUUCCGGUGAUAUGGACUAGUGUGCAUUCUCAAAGAAAAAACACUGCCUUUUGAUACCUGAUUUUUCUGCAAAAGAAGAUACAUUGUAGAACGUUGUACAGAUGCUCUUCAUCCAUUAACCGUAGAUAAAUAACCAAAACAUUCUUUUUCUUCACACACGCAUAACUAUAGUCACAUUUUCAGCAUUUCAUGUGGAAAACCGCUGAUACUUUGUUAUAUUGAAUAUUAAUAGUUUCGUUUGAAUGAUUCUUUUUAAUUCGUUUUAAACGAUAGUAAAUCAAACAAUAUAUAUUGGUUUUUUCAAAUCUGUUCGUUAUAUCUGCAUGAGUGGAAAUUGAGUAAAAGCGUAUGCUAAAAAAGAAAGUUAAAAGGAUAUUUUUUCACAACAUUCUAACUAAUGAUUAUGUGUAACAUACGAUAUAGAACACAUGAAAAAACAUCGGAAGAAGGUGAUAAAGAAUCACUUAACAAUUUACAGUAAUGAUCCAUUCUAUUAGGACUUAGUUUCUAUACAAGUAAUUAACAACUGUUAACAAUCAGAAGACUACAUAGCACUAAUUCAUUGCAGCUAUCGUUUUGUGUAUCAACAAUGUCAGACAAGGUCGGUACGGUCAAAAAUGCUACACGAAUGAUAAAGAAACUUACAUACCACUAAUUAAUAUCUUUAAUCAGGCUACAUUUUAAAACAUCAUAAAUAGAGCUAAAGUUGAGUGCCACGGUUUCUUAUAUAAUGGUCAAGUUUCUUCAAAUCAUGACAUUACUACUGAAUAGGACUAGUGUCGAAAAAAUUGUACAGCACUAAUUCAUUGCAGCUAUCGUUUUGUGUAUCAACAAGGUCGGUACGGUCAAAAAUGCUACACGAAUGAUAAAGAAACUUACAUACAAGAAAUUCAGACGUUGGUUGUUAGUAACAGACAAAUUAAAUGUCAAGCAAAUGUCUUUUAUCGUUAUCUAGAAAAAUUAAUUAAUUGGAAAAAGCUAACAUUGUUAAACCCAAAUGAAAGCGAAUUAUGCUUGUAUACAGAAAAAUUAAGGAAAAUGAAACAUUUAGAAGAAUUCAUUGUUACUUCUACUUUAAUCACUUCUAUGCUUGAUAUUGAGGGAGAUUUGAUAAUCAAGAAUAUUUUAAGUGAUAAUCAUUCAUUAACUACAAUCUGCACAUAUGAUGGAUUUAGCACAAAUGUACAAUUUUGACACCCGUAAAACUUCGGCUUUCGGGAGGGUCUCUGGAAAUGUUGGAACUCAAAACCCGCUUGGAACCAAAUUUUUCUUCCAUUUGUAGAAACUAAAUAUGAGAUUUUAUAGUCAUUUUGUUGUUAGUGAAAGGAUGAAUCUGUGGAAAAUUCACUGACGAAAGGCUGAAACGGUUUGUGAAUAUCAGGGACAUACAGAGCCACUACAGAAAACAUUUGAGCCUUUAACUCCUUGUUUCAAAAAAGUUACGAAAUUUUUAAUUUUCCCGUGUUUCAGUGGGAAAAGUCAGAAAGAUGUCUUUAGCUUUUGAACAAAGAGCCGUGGGCACGAACGGUUUUAGAGUUUUCUUAUUCUCGGCAUGGUCUACCUAUGGCCAAAAUAUGGGGCUGAAAGCGCCGAAUCAGUUCCCUCGUCAGCUGAAACAAACAAAGUUUGUUUAUUCUCUAUAUCUUUUUAGAUAUUGAUUUACAAUCUAGUAUUCAACAACAAAUUUCAAAAUUAUGUGACCUGGAAAUAUGUUACAACAUUAAUAAUUUUGAUUUUCUUUAUUGGUUACUAAUAAAAGCACCACAUUUAAAUGAAUUAUGGAUGUCAACGGACAGUAUUUUCAAAUUUGAAAACGAUCAUACACUACAUCCGUUAUGGCCGCUACUAAAUCGUAAAAUUAAACAUUUACACGUUGUACGAGCAGAUUCAGAUAGUGUAACAACUUUGCGUCUUUUGGCUCGUUUAUCAAAUUUAUUUUCGCAAUUAAAAUAUUUCGAUCUUAAAUUACGAGAUCCAUCACUAACAUUGCUUCCAGAAGUCAUUAGUGCAAUUUUAACAAACUCAAAUUACAAACAACUUGUUUGUCUCUCAAUCAAAAGUAACCAAUGUGCAAAAAUUCAAGGUUUAAAACAUCAUUAUAAACAAAUUGUAAUGGAAAUGACAAAAUUAAGUGAAAUAGAGUUUACUCUAAAAAUGCACCAGAAACGUCUAACGAUUUGA